UGUGCGCGUGAGUCGGGAACAUGCAGCAAUAAGUAACCAUAGCAGCGUGCGGGUGCGCGUGUGCGCGUGCUUGUUUGUUUGUUUGUUUGUUAGUGUGUGCGCGCAUGUGUGUGUAUAUGAGUGUGUGAGGUUUAUUAUAUUUUCCUGAACUUUUUAGUAGUAAAUAGUAAAUAAACACAGCAAAUUGAGUUUGUUUUUGAUGUUGUGCGACAACUCGGAAAAGAUGUUCGCGUUUGAUGUUUUGCUCGCAGGUGUGUGUGAUUGGUGUCGCUUUGGCUGAAAUGAUGGAGAAUCUGACUUAAGACUGCAGAUAAUCGAAACGCUGCUCUUGUGUAGAUAAAGAGAUGAAGCAACAACGUUCCUGAAGGCGUCAGAAAUGGUCAACAGGGCUCCUCUCGAAGCACGUUCCAGAAGUAACAAGAGGCCAGAUGGGAGCAUAAGCAAAUCAUCUAAAGAUGGACGCUCGUAGAUUUUCCACUCGCUGAAAUGGGCUUUCGCAAAGAUGUGUGUGGCCAUGGUGAUCAUUCACACUAAAACACUGGAAAAGAAGGCCGUCGAUGAUGUAACCUCCAAAGAGUCGACCUUGGACUUGAACAAUCCGCCAACCAUGAGCCAGGGGACGGCCCUGUUCUCCUGCGGAAUCAUGGACUUGGUUAGCGUUGGCCAGCGUCCUGUGGGUUCGAGUCUGGAGAGUCUGUGGGACUCGGGCGCGAGCAGCACCAGCUCUAUCAGUGGCCUUCUGCGGGACCUGAGCUUGAGCGAAGCUCCUUCACCCAGCAAGCGACAGUGCCGCUCUCGGUCCUGCUCGGACGAGCUGAGCUGGCGUUCGGCGUGGCGUCCGCAGGCCUCGCGCCUUUGGACAGCCGUGGAAAAACGACGCUGCCACAGCGGGGGUGCAAUUUUACCCUCGUCUUCAUCUUCAUCCUCUUCCAUUUUCUCCAGCAUGCAGCGAAGCUCCAGUUUCAGCUUCCCCAUCCGCUCCAACCUUCCAGAGACGCCGUUUCCUCAGUCCUUCACAGCCGUGACUUUCGACCCGCCCCGCCCACUCUGCUAUUCUCACGAGAGGAUUUGCCUGGCUGAGACCGACGCCACCCCAGAGGCCGGUUCUCCAGACUCCGCCUCCGAGGCGGGAGGACUCGCACGGAGCCAGUCGCAGCCUUGCGUACUGAACGACCAGAAAAUUGGGAUGAAGCGCCGCCGACCGGAUGAACCCCACAAACAGAGGCCUUCGCUCGAUUUGGCUAAGAUGACUCAGAAGCAGAAUUUCCAGAGCCUCAGUUGCCCUCGCGUUAACAGCGACGACGACUGUCGAUCAAGCCAGACCCCGCCCUCUUUCGGUAGCCCCGUCCACCAGAGUGAGAAAGAGAAAGUGUAUCCCUUCAGCCCGAAAGAAGACGACUCAUCGGUCAUCGACGACUCAGACGGCGACUGGACCAACGGGAAGGAGCGAGAACCUCCGUGGGCGGAGCUGUGCGGGUUGAGAAGGGACGUGUUGGGCGGAGAACUCGAUAUCGAGCAGAUUGAAAGAAAUUGAGACUUUUGUUGUUGUUGAGGAUGUCUUUAUGUCCUCACCACCUGCCCCGCCCAUCUCACUUCUCACAUCCUGUAGCGGUUCGUGCUUUUUGGAGCAGGGAGGGGGCUGAAGUGGGGGGUGAAAUAGGACUCAGGAGAAACGGACGCACACAAACGGGAUUGUGGGACGUUAGGAUGACUCAGGGUGAAUCUCAGAGUGGAUUCUGGGAUAUCGGGGUUGUGCUCGUGCUCUGUUGCAGAUAUUGUAGCUUUUUAACUUUUUUUUUUUGUUCUUUAAAGGAAGUUUGAAACGACGGCAUACGUUCUCAGAGUCCGACCUGCCUGUCUGUGCUGAAUGAGGAGCGAAUGGGGUCAAAAUAAUAUAAAUCUAUAUUUUUAAGGAUGUAUUCAUUCAUUUUUUUCCUGCUCCGUUCAUCUGAAAGUACACGGCAUGACGAAGGACGGAAAGGAAAACAGAAGAAGGAUCUGAGAGCCGACUGCUGUAAAAACAGGGACUUACUGUCGAACAUGCACUGGCAUUGAUGCACACAUUACACACACACACACACGUCCUCAGAGUGAAACGCUUGGAAAGGGUUUCAGGUUUUAAUAACGUUGAUGAUAAAUGAUAAUUUCAAGCUAAUAGAGUUUAAUUCCUCUUUUUACAAAGUGUAACGUAAAAUGUACUUAUUUCUAUAUGAAUAAACAGCGUUUAAAGUGUGUUUGUAAA